AGAGAGAGGGAGGGAGGAGGUUCAACAAUAGACGGAGCACACUUUCAGUUCAACUCAGUUUGGAACAGAUAGUGAGCAGUGCAGCUCCAUCACACAGCUACUGAACACACACUCUUCCAUCUUCAGCCGGAGAACUCCUAAACAUCAAGGUUUAACCUGCACCUUAGUGGACUGAGAGAAGGUCCAUCAGAGGUUUAGGUUCCUUAGUGCUGAGUGGAAGUGAGUGCACUGCCGUGCAGCUCGGUGGCUGGAUGCCGGUGGACGUGGUGAUCGCUCCCCCGCUGUGGACAGACAUGCACGAGAGCGAGAUGAAGCUGAAAAUGCGAGUGCGGCGCAUCAAAGACGGGCGCGACCUCCGAGGAGGCUUCGCAGCCUUCUCUUCAUGCUUCCCGGAUGUCUGUGAGAGUAAGCCGCCACCUUAUCUUCCCCUCAGUCUGUCUCAGCCGUGCCUACCUGUAUCAAACCUGGGCCCGACUCGAAUACUGCCUCACCUCUACUUGGGCUCACAGAAAGAUGUCCUUAAUAAGGAACUGAUGGCGCAGAAUGGGAUCGGUUACGUCCUGAAUGCCAGCAACACAUGUCCAAAGCCAGACUUCAUCAGUGAGAACCACUUCCUGCGCAUUCCCGUCAACGACAGCUACUGUGAAAAGCUGCUGCCCUGGCUGGAGAAAACCAAUGAAUUCAUUGACAAAGCCAAAGUGUCAAACUGUAGAGUCAUCGUCCACUGUCUGGCUGGAAUUUCUCGAUCUGCAACCAUUGCCAUUGCUUACAUCAUGAAAACAAUGGGGUUGUCAUCGGAUGAUGCCUACAGGUUUGUGAAAGAUCGUCGGCCCUCGAUAUCUCCUAACUUCAAUUUCCUUGGGCAACUCCUGGAGUUUGAGCGAGACUUAAAGCUCAAGAUGACCUUAACCUGCAACCCUCUGAGGUCAACAACUCACCAUCCUGAGGUCCCAGAGGUCAACAUAGAGACUGUAGAAAAGAGCAAAGAGAAAAGCCACUCCCAUCAAAGAAUGCAGGAAACUAUGAUAUUAAAUGUCAAGCCACCCUCACCUACCUCACUACGAAAAGACCUAAGCAGCCUUCAUCUCUCCGCAGACCAAAUUCUCCACAACAACCAGCUCAAAUGUUCCUUCCAGCUCGACAUCAAAUCUGUCUACUCAUCAAACCAGCAUCUCCGAACCCCCCCAAAUGCCUUGCAAUCAGACUCAGAAACCAUGCCCAAGCUUUUCAAACUUGACAGUCCAAAAGGCACCGGCAAAAUGUGCUCGUAUUCUCCAUCCCAAGAAACCCCAAGGAGCCCCAAGCAAGAGUUGUGGCGAUCAUCAGUAAGAGAAUCUACACAGAAAGACAGUGGCACCUUUGAGAGGUUAUCGACCACAACUCUGUCUCUCAACCUCAACCUGAAUCGGCAAGUUCCAGUUGUUCAAGAUCCUGUUCGUAAUGCCAAUGUCAAAUCGUCUUCAUUCCUCAGCUUGCCCCUGACUACAUCUUCCGUUUGGACCAAGCACAGAGGUGUGACUCAAGCCACGACGCCUGGCACACCCACUGAAGACCACCCGUGGUUCUUCAAUUCAGAUCUGGACUCUUCAGGGGCGGGUUCUGGGAGCUCUGUGAGGUUUGGAAGUGCUCCCGGUGCCAGUGUGAUGCAAGUGGAGACACAGUUCAAACGGAGAAGCUGCCAGAUGGAGUUUGAGGAGAGCAUAAGCACUACAAGAAGCAGUGAGGACUUAGGAAAGCUUGGGAAGCAGUCUAGCUUUUCAGGCAGUAUGGAGGUCAUUAAGGUGUUAUGACAGAGAGCCUGAACUUACAUUGGCCAUCUUAAAGCCUCUCUUGUUUAAGAGACGGAGAAAGAGGACAGAUAAUUUAUUACAGAGAUUUAUUUGCAAAACUCUGUACUGAGAGAGCUCAAUGUUUGGAGGUGAAUCUCAGAAAAGACAUGUUGCAUGCAUACUUGCAUGCACACAUUAGCCCAUGCAUUAUGUUCUCCAAAGGACAGUAGACUUGAAGGCCUGAGCUCACCCUGUUGUUAUGAUAGAAAUGAUGGAUGACAUACUGUAAACCAUACUUAUGUUACAGCAUGGUUAUUAAAAAUGCAAAUGAACAGGCUAUUUACAUAGUGCUGGAUCUAUUAUGACCGAGAACAAGGUUGGGGAAAAAUAUUUGCUGUAUAACAUUUAUGCUACGUUGAAAAAUGACGGUUAAUAUUUUCAGUGGUGUUACCAACUGCCUCUGUGAUUUAAUAUUAGUUUGUGAAAGUAGACCGCAUGUGUUGAGCGGUGAUGAACUCUCAGCUGUACUACUGUGCACUGGGCAUGCUCAGAAAUGACUCGCUACCUACAGACAGACAAGCUGCAUCCUAGCAGUACAAAGCUUUAUGUGUAUCCAGAAGUAUUUGCAUAUGUAUAUAUAUAUAACAAAAAAAAAUUACAUCAAUUUCAAUGGAGUAUUUAAUGUUUCAUGCAUUGUUGUUUUAACUUAUUGUAUCUGUUUCAUUCUGGUAAUGAGCAAUAAUAUAAUAUUUGAACACUU